UUUUCCUGUUUAGCGUGAGGGGGUUGUGCUUGCCGCCAGUGUUAAAUGCUUGGAGACUGGAAUGGAAGGUACUCCUGCAAAUGGUACUGUGUCUCAGCAGGGGGGGUUGUUGCCGUUGUUUGCUGUGCUGCAGAUUUCCAGGCUGGUUUCAGGGGAGCUCAUCAGACAAGCGUUGUGUCCUGCUGAGAAUGGCUGCAUUACUGCCCAGCUGCUGCCUUGUGACGUGCAGAACAAAGGAUUUUUAGAAUACAGACUGCUUUCUGCUCUCUGACAUAUGGGUGCAGCAGUGAAACUUGGCCGGAAGGGUUGCUGUCUCAACAGAUCAGAAAGUGAAAGCCGGGAUUGGACAGAGAAAAUGAUUUCUUUCCCCAGGGACACGUGUUGCUGCAAUCUUUCAUGCCCAUACACUUUAUACUGCUGUUCAGUCGACAGGGGAAAUUAAGGCUUCAGAAAUGGUAUACGACACUACCUGAGAAAGAGAAGAAAAAGAUCGUUCGAGAAAUUGUUCAGAUUGUUUUGUCUCGCAAUCAAAAAACCAGUAGUUUUGUUGACUGGAAAGACCUCAAGCUUGUUUACAAAAGAUAUGCUAGUUUGUAUUUCUGUUGUGCAAUAGAAGACCAGGAUAACGAGCUCCUGACACUAGAGGUCGUUCAUCGAUAUGUCGAACUUCUGGACAGAUACUUUGGAAAUGUGUGUGAGCUGGAUAUUAUCUUUAAUUUUGAAAAAGCUUAUUUUAUUCUUGAUGAGUUUAUAAUUGGUGGAGAAGUACAAGACACUUCAAAGAGGUCUGCGGUGAAAGCCAUAGAAGACUCUGACAUGUUGCAGGAGACAGUGGAAGAGUACAUGAACAAACCUGCUUUUUAAUGUGAAAACUACCUGGAAAAAGAACUGCUGUACACACCUGCAAAAUGCAUUUGCUGAAAUUGCUUCCCAAUGUGCCAGAGAAAAACCCAAACCAAUAACUAAAAGGGUUUGUUUGUAUAAUUGUCAAGAUGAAGGUCAGCUAAUGUAGCACAGGGUUUAACAAUUCUGUAUUUGCAUUACUCUGUGUGCAAGUUUCUCAGAACUGUUUUUACCCUUGCUCUAGUUUCUCUUUUCCUUGCUGGACUGAACACUUGUUUUGUAUCACAUCUUUUAGCUACGGGUUUUGUCAUCAUGAAAUGUUAAUCUACCAGUACAUGGAAGAGGUAUUUCAACUAGUUUUGGUCCACUGCUGACUGUAUGACUCUACUUUUGUACAAAUGUCAAUUAUUUUGAAUAUAAUGAUUAUUCUGCUGUAAUAAUAAGGUUUUUUUUUCUAAAAGACA